GCGCUAGAUCCCGAGGUACGGUCCUAUUCCCGCCCACCCGGAAAUGGCUUCUCCCCACCCCGAGGGCGACCCGCCCAGCGGCAGCUGCAACGUAGACUCCUCCAGUACGCAGUACUCAUGGCUAUCUACGAGGAGGUUCUAAGGACGCCGAAGGGAAAAGCUGGUGUCCCGACUGCGUGCAGGGUGAGGCCGGAAUCUGGGUACUGCCCAGAAGUGGUGGGAAGACGGAUUGAACCCAGGGCCUUGUGCAUACAAGCGGAACCAGUCGUUCGAGAGGGGCUGAAGCAUAUUAGUAAAGAAUGUGUGUUCAUCCACUGCCAAGUAGGAGAAAAACCUUAUUGGAAAGAUCCAAAUAAUGACUUCAGAAAACAACUGAAAGUAACUGCAGUGCCUACACUAAUUAAAUAUGGAACGCCUCAAAAACUGGUAGAAUCAGAGUGCCUUCACGCCAACCUUGUGGAGAUGCUGUUCUCUGAAGAUUAAAAUUUAAUGAUGGCAACUGUAUCUUGAUUUCCUGGUUUGCUCUAGUUAUAAAUAAUGACUUUAUUUUAGCAGUAAAUAAAUGAUAUGAAAAUUUGCAUUCAUUUUAGCAGUAAAUAAAUGAUACGAAAAUUAGCUAAUGUCUAAACAAUAAAGAAUGCUUUUUAAAAAUA